AGCUGGAGGAAGACUCUCCUCGAUUGGUGGAGCAUGCAGACAGAACUGCAGCAAAUGUUUCCACAACCACCGCUCAUGUUUCCUUACAAGUACCACUGGUGCUUAUAGGGGACAUCCCAGCUGAGAGUAUCAUAUUUGCAACAAUGUUGGGCAGCCAGCUGGGCAUGAAAGUUUUGUUUUAGUUUAGGUUGGUGUCCUGAUAUCGGCGCUUACAUUAAUUCUGACACAUUCUUCCAUAUUACAGGAGCUGCAGCAAAAACAUCUGUGAACAUAUCUCUACUCCUGCAGACUGAUGUUCUGAACUCAAACAGGGUGUCUGGACCAAAUACCUUAAAUACCCAAACUCCUGCUAGGACACAGACCCGACCAAUGCUGACCUGUCUUCAGAUUACUGCCCUCACCUAUGUUCUCCCUCAAACUCAGUGAGAAGCCAAUACUUAUAUACAAACCUAGUGUCUCCUGCAACGCUCUGAAGCAACCGUGAGUUGUGAAUCGUACUGUUAGUGACAAGAGAGUGAAAGACCGGGUGCCGUGAAAUAAUAAAUUGACAGUUAAUGGUCAACAACAGUAGUUUCUUUGAUGUUGUCCUCACUGGCUUCACGCAAAAAUGUACAGUAAUGUAAUGUGUUGUCCAGUUUGUGAGGGAAUUGCUCAACUGGUGCGAUUCUUUAAAUGAAUCAGUCCAACCGAUUGGCAAAUCAGUCUAAAUAUAGCACAACAGCGCACGCCCACUUAUUCGGCAGUCUGGGUUUCCGGAAGUAUUUUACCCAUUCAUUUUUUGCAUAGGCUUUAACCAUAAAAUCCUCCAUAAAAGAGUUGUAAGCCAUGAACCAAACCAACUAGCUCAGAGUUGAAUCACAACAUUACAAACUUUGUUUUGAGACACAAAGUAUUUGAAAAUCAGUAAAAAAAAAAAAGAGAGAGAGACAAGACUGUCUACUUACCAUCUUUAACGAGGGCAGGAACUACAAUCCCAUGAAGCAUUGCAUAUGACAAUCUAAAUAAAAAGGAUGGGAAUAUAGAAAACUAUUGAUUAUCGGGGCACCUGGGCAGCUCAGCGAGUAUUGACGCGGACUACCACCCCUGGAGUCGCGAGUACGAGUGACUCCAGCCAGGUCUCCCAAGCAACCAAAUUGACCCAGUUGCUAGGGAGUGUAGAGUCACACAGGGUCACCUCCUCAUGGUCGCAAUUAGGGAUUCUUGCUAUGAAUGGGGUGCAUGGUAAAUUGUGCGUGGAUUGUGGAGAGUAGCAUGAGCCACAUGAUGUGAGUCUCCGCGGUGUCAUGCACAACGAGCCACGUGAUAAGAUGCGUGAAUUGACGGUCUCAGAAGCGGAGGCAACUGAGACUUGUCCUUCGCCACCCAGAUUGAGGAGAGUAACUGCACCACCACGAGGACCUACUAAGUAGUGGAAAUUGGGCAUUCCAAAUAGGGAGAAAAGGCGCUCAGCCUUUCAAAGUAUACUCUUUGACUGUGGGCUCGUACGGACGCAUUCGAUGUGCGAUAACUACAACUGCUUGGUGCUACUCAUUUAGUGCAGUCAAUAGCAAGCACAUGCACCAAUGCCACGCAAAGAUGCACUGUCCUCAUGUCUAGAACAUCUGGGUUGCAUGCAGGCAGUCCACACGUACCAUGCCGAUGACAAAAUUUGCAUCACGCGCAUUCCAUCACUGGCGAACGCUCAGCCUUUUAUAUUUUAUAAAUAUAUUAUUACAUUAUAAAUAAAGUACUUUUUUGAGCACAAAACCAUACAGAGCAUUCAACGCUAACACACUACAACGACUUUGUGGUACUCUUUUAGCACAGUCAACGUCAGGCACAUGCGAUGAUGCCGCACAAAAAUGCAGACCUAGACCGUGUCUAUUAAAACUGGGCUGCAUUUGAAUAGUCUCCGUGUAAUAUGCUUAUGACAAAAUUAGAAUUUGUGACAACAAGCCCAUAUGGUGCAUUCAUACUACAACUACUUUGUGUUAGUGUUUCAGUAUGGUCAACAGCAGGCGCAGACGAUGCGGAAAGAGGUGGACCAACAACAUAUUUAUUAAAACUGGACUGAAUAUGAGCAGGCCACGUUUAAUGUUACUAUGACCAAAUUUGUGUCACACACAUGCCGAAAACUGAAGUUUUCUCCAGGCCUGUAAUUGGCUCAGAUGACGCGUUGCUCUUCGCUCAUUGAACAGCAGAGAUCCGUUAAGGCUUAUACUUUGUUUUUCUUCAUGCCAUUCCGUCACAGGUUUUUUUUAAAGUGCAAGCCCAUAUGGUGUCUUCGAUGCAAGCACACUUCAACUACUUUGUGAUACCCUUUUAGCACAACCAUCCACGUGUCUAUCAGAACAGGGUUGCAUGCAAACAGUCCUCGCGUACUGUGCUGAUGAUGACGUUUGCUUCAUGCGGACUGCGGGCUAUAGGCAGUGACAUGUGGAACACUAAAGUGUACUUUUGUCUUUACUGUUGUCAGUGCAAGGUAAUUUGUAAGGUUUUUUAUUUUUCAACAUAAAAAUGUGGUGCAAAAAAUCCUAUAUUUAACACUGCACAAAAAAAAUAAAAAAAUUUGACCAAAUGUACUUAUUUAUUUCAGGCUACCCCCAGAAUGCUCAGUUGCAGAGAACGUAGACAUGGGUACUUCACUUGUCAGGGCUGUUGCUGUAGAAUCGUAUAAGCAAAAUUCUCCACACUGCUUCACACCAGAUCCACACCUGACUGUCGUGCUCACUCCGGACGAGAAAUCUGUGUGUAGGUAUCACUCGUUACCGGUCAGUAUUACACUGCUGGGUCUCUGUGGAACAUUUUCCUCAUCAAAGUCAAAACAUUCAUACCAUGGAAAUGACCUUCAAAAGGUAAUAAUUUGUGUUCUAAAUUUUAGAGCUUAUCAGUGACCUCUGUACGACUAAACACCUCUCUUUAGUUUGCAUCUUGCCUUGAAAAUGAGUCCAUCUUUAUGUCAUGGAUAAUUUACUUAAACACGUAUUUAAUCCAUUUUAUUCAGUUGUUAUAAAAUCAACUUGUUAAAUUCACAGGAAUCAUGGCUGAGCCCCUGAGAAACAUCUGCAGAAGAUCCCAUCUGAGAGUGUUGAGAAAUCACGCAUGAUUCUGAGUGUAUGGAAAGAAUGUAGAGGAGAGACGUGAACACAAUCAGCUUCUGAUUUUUUAAAUUUAAUUUCUUUGAGACGAUGGCCUACACAUAUUAUAGCUCGCUAAACCGGGCUCAGCUCACCUUUGAGUAUCUGCACACAAACUCGACAACCCACGAGUUUCUAUUUGGAGCUUUGGCCGAACUCGUGGAUAACUCGAGAGACGCAAACGCCACACGGAUAGACAUCUACACAGAGAAGAGACCAGACCUGAGAGGGGGGUUUAUGCUCUGUUUCCUUGACGAUGGCACUGGAAUGGAACCUAGUGAAGCCACGCACGUUAUCCAGUUCGGCAAAUCGAGCAAACGGUUCCCAGAGUCUACUCACAUUGGCCAAUAUGGAAAUGGGUUAAAGUCGGGUUCAAUGCGUAUUGGGAAGGACUUCAUGCUCUUCACCAAAAAAGAAGACAAAUUAACGUGUUUGUUUUUGUCGCGAACAUUUCAUGAAGAAGAGGGUCUGGACGAGGUGAUUGUUCCAUUGCCCAGUUGGGAUGCGAAGACCCAACAGCCUCUGACUCAAGACUCUGAGAAAUACGCGAUCGAGACCGAACUGAUCUUUAAGUACUCUCCCUUUAAGAAUGAAGAGCAGCUAUUUCGGCAGUUCAAGAAGAUUGAGGGACCCAGUGGCACUUUAGUUGUAGUUUACAAUCUGAAGCUGAUGGAUAACAGAGAACCAGAGUUGGAUGUGGAAACGGACCACCAGGAUAUUCUAAUGGCCGGGACACCUGUAGAGGGAGUGAAGCCGGAGAGAAGGUCCUUCCGUGCGUAUGCUGCUGUCCUUUACAUCGACCCUAGAAUGAGGAUCUUUAUCCAGGGUCACAAAGUCAGAACCAAGAGAUUGUCCUGCUGCCUAUAUAAUCCUAGGAUGUACAAAUACACAUCAACACGCUUUAAAACCCGUGCUGAGCAGGAGGUGAAGAAGGCGGAUCACCUAGCCAAACUCGCUGAGGAGAAGGCGAGGGAGUCCGAGAGUAAAGCUCGUGCUCUGGAGUUAAAACUUGGUGAUGAUUUAUCCAAAGAGGCCAGGGCCGCGCUAAGAAAAGCACAAGAUUCGGCUGUGAUGUUACGUGCAGAAGCUACCAGAAAACAAGCCAUCCAUGCAUCCAAACAAAAAGCUUUGAAGGAGCCCAAGGAGCUGAACUUUAUCUUUGGCGUGAACAUUGAAAGACGAGACCAGGAUGGGAUGUUUGUAUACAACUGCAGCCGUCUCAUUAAGAUGUAUGAGAAAACGGGACCACAGCUGGAAGGAGGAAUGGCAUGUGGCGGUGUUGUAGGAGUGGUGGAUGUUCCCUAUCUAGUAUUGGAACCAACACACAACAAGCAGGACUUUGCAGAUGCUAAAGAAUACAGACAUUUACUUAGAGCCAUGGGAGAAUAUCUCGCACAAUACUGGAAGGACAUCAGUAUAGCUCAGAAAGGUAUAGUGAAAUUUUGGGAUGAAUUUGGUUAUUUAUCGGCCAACUGGAACUCCGUCCCAUCCAAUGAACUUCGGUUUCGACGACGGAGAGCCAUGGAGAUACCAGUCACCAUCCAGUGCGAUAAGUGUUUAAAGUGGCGGACAUUGCCAUUUCAGAUGGACGCCGUGGACAAACGUUACCCAGACAGUUGGGUGUGUCUAAUGAAUCCAGAUGGAACUCAGGACAGAUGUGAUGCCCCUGAGCAGAAGCAGAAUUUGCCAAUUGGUGUGUUGAAAAAAGACAUCAAAACAACAGAGGACAAACAGAAAGAUCUGUCCGAGAAAAUCCGCCAACAGCAGGAAAAACUAGAAUCCCUGCAGAAAACAACAACAAUAAAAUCUGCAGCAGAUAUAAAACAGCUCCCACUAGCUAUCACUGCAAAACCUACAGAAGAGCGCACCCCUCAGCCGACCCGCUCAUCCCAGCGAGCAGCCCCCCGCCCUCGCUCACCUCCUCUCCCUGCAGUGGUCAGAAAAGCUGUCAGUCAACCAACGGCAGCAAAAACUCCGCCCCCUAAACCAACGCCACCAUCACGACCUACUCGGACCCCACCAGCUCCUCCCCCACCACCCAAAGCUAAGCAGUCACCUGCUCCUUCCGCAAAGCCUACAAAACCCGCACCCCAACUUGUAGCCCCGCCCUCUAAAGCACCAGCUCGUAGAAGUGCCACUCAGAGUCGCGCUGCGACACCAUCCUCCACCAAGACUGCAAACAAACAAACUCCAGCCACCAAGAAAGGCAAUGCAAAGAAGGGUAGAGUCCAGGAAGAGGAAGCUGAUGAGGAGGAGGAGGAGGAGGAAGAAGAGGAGGAGGAGGAAGAAGAGGAGGAGGAAGACAGUGAGGAGGAGGAAGAUGAGCCACAGCCCAAAAAAUCAAAGAUAGCGGCAUCUGUUCAGAGUCGAGGGAAAGUUGUCGUAGAGAAAACCACAACACCAGCUAAACAGACAAGCACAGAGCAUGUCACUAACAGCACUAAUGAAGAGCUGAAGAAAGAGGCAGCAAAAAAUGCUCAGAAAGAUAAAGGCAUUCUGGUGGAGGCGAAGGUGAAAGGGGAAUGGUUCACGGGUCGUGUUACUGCGGUAGAGAUGGGGAAGGAGAGUGUACGCUGGAAGGUCAAGUUUGACUACGUUCCCAUGAACACUCCACGAGACCGCUGGGUGUUUAAGGGCAGUGAAGACGUCCGUCUUAUGCGUCCCGCCUCGCCAGAGUCUCAAAGUCCAGACACCAAUCAGGUUCCAGCACGUUCUGUAACCCCGCCCACCACCGCCGAGCCAGACACAACUCAGAGCGGGCCAAGCAGAGAGACGUCAGAAGGCCUCGUCACCAUGAUGAGGACGCUGCUACGGUAUUUUUUCCCGCCGGAUUUCCGAAUCCCUAAAGAUUCUGUGAACACUAUGAGCGCCGAGGACCUUGUGGCCUUCCCCAUCAAAGAGUAUUUUCAACAAUAUGAGGCUGGGCUGCAGAGUUUGUGUAACUCCUAUCAGACUCGGGCAGAGUCACGGGCACGUGCUGUGGAGGAGAAGAGCAGCGGAGCAGAGACUAAACUCAGAGAGUCUGAAGACAAACUUCGCAAACUACGAACGAAUAUCGUCGCUCUGCUGCAGAAAGUCCAGGAGGACAUCGAGAUUAGUAGUGAUGAUGAGCUUGAUGCCUACAUUGAAGAUUUGGUCACCAAGGGAGAGUGAAACACUACAUCUCUUCUAUUUUACCUACCUUCACUUUCACUAUCUUCAUUUGUGUUCCAAUCAUUUUACGUGUUCUGUCGGAUGCCCGAGAGAUGAUUCCUGGUCGACCGCAUCUUCAUUCCUGCCCAAAUACUGUGACAGAACUCUGUAAAGCAGCAAGAACGUCCAUGGGCGACUCCAACGUAAUCCUCGAUUCAGAAACACCUCUAAGACCGUCAACUCAGUCCUGGAGCAGAUUUUCAUUUUGGACCUUGUGGGCCGCGUGUGAUGAGUGGAGAGCAAACCGGUUUCCUAAUUUUCUUGGUAAAUUGGUUUCCUCUCACAGUGCUAGAGAGUUCAUAAUGUUGGCUGUUUGUAGGGUCUCAGUGUUGUGAAGCUUCAUUCUCAACCUUGAACUGGCGAUUUCAUGGAGUACGGAGAUGAUCUCACAGCUCAUAACGACCCUGCAAACCAGUUUGACCAUAAGCGAGUUUGAAAUGGGCUUUAACUUGCUGCUACGUAUCCCAAUUGUUUCAAGUUUGAGUUGCAUCCCGUUUCUUGUUUUCCUCGUACUUGUACGCGUCAUCUAAUUUGUGUUAUUUUUAUUUUUGUGUUAAGUUUUAUCUCUCCAUUUCCGUUUUUUUUUUGGAAUAAACACUGAUCGGACACUGUUAACCUCUUCAGUUACAGUAUUUAGUCCUUCUUCUUUAUAUCUGAGAAUAUUUUUAAAAAAGUUUUAUUAAAACAGUCCAAUAAAUUUCAGGACAUACUUGUGGUCUGGUGGUGUUUGUAUAAGAAAUUAGCUUUCAGUUUAUCAUCUUGACUUUGUAACUUACAUUCAGUUAAUUCAUUUGAUGAAUACAUUCAAUAACAUAUAUGUGAUUAUAUUUUAAAUCCAGCAGAUUAGGCUCGACUCAACAUUUUGAAAAGCUGCUAAUUCAGUGUGAAUAGAGCUGCUCAGCUUGUAGUCCAAACACCUGGAAGGGAUUUCUCCAUGGAUUCCUUCUGGAGUUUUCUAUGGGUUUUUAUAAUGGGGUUUUUAAUAAGGUCUUUGGUAAACAUUACUUGACGAUGUGUGGAUGUUUUGUUCUACAACAUAAAUGACACACAGUCAUACCUCAAAUGUGAAUUUUAUAGUCGUAAUUAUAUAAAUUUUUUAACACAUGGCGGCUUCAAGGAAUGACUGUGUGUCAUUUAUGCUGUAGAACAAAUCGUCCACAUAUCGUUAAGUCAUGUUUACCACUGACCUUAUUUUUCUCAUAGUUAUGCAUUCGCACAUUACAUGCUGUGCGUGCUCGGGGUCUCCGGAUUGGCGUGAAUUUUGGAAGUAAAUCUUUUUCACAUCUUCAGCGUUAGACAGGUGUUGGGUGUAAUUAAUUACUGUAAUCUGUAGAAAGUGCAAAGCAAGUCUGUCAUUUCCCUACAGUUUGUGAGCUGUGGAGAAUUAAUUUGAUCAAAAGACAACAAUAAUAGUCUUAUAAUUAUGAGUUUCAAUAACGACUGUAUGUUUUCAUGUAUUAAAAUAGGGUCUACAUAUCUAUUAACUUCAGUAAAAUUCAAAAGAGUCCUAAGAACACUGCAGAUCUUUUUCCUACAGUCUGUAGACUGCACACCAACAUGGAGGUAAAAAAACAGGAGCUGAUAUAAAAAAUAGCUUUACAUAUUUAACAACGAUCUAGUAAGGCGUGGGUACCUCAGCGAGUAUUGAUGCUGACUAUCACACCUGGAGUCGUGAGUUUGAAUCCAGGGUGUGCUGAGUGACUCCAGCCAGGUCUCCUAAGCAACCAAAUUGGCCCGGUUGCUAGGGAGGGUAGAGUCACAUGGGGUAACCUCCUCGUGGUGGUGAUUAGUGGUUCUCGCUCUCAAUGGGGCGUGUGGUGAGUUGUGUGUGGAUCGUGGAGAGUAGCAUGAGCCUCCACAUGCUGUGAGUCUCCGCGGUGUCAUGCACGAGUCACGCGAUCAGAUGCGUGGAUUGACGGUCUCAGAAGCGGAGGCAACUGAGACUUGUCCUCCGCCACCCGGAUUGAGUUGAGUAACCAUGCCACCACGAGGACCUACUAAGUAGUGGGAAUUGGGCGCUCCAACAUUGGGGAGAAAAGGGGAUAAAAAAAAUUAUAAUACAAAACAGAUCUAGUAAUCUGCUUAAAUUGGCAAAAACAACUGAUCAUACAAUUACCUCACAAACAUAAUGUAAAAAUCAAAUCUUAAUGAAUACUCGUGCUGGGGACAUGUCCCCCCCACGCCCACUGUGGCUGCUACGCCCUUGACUUAAAGCAUUAAGUUAAUUUCAAUCAACAACAUUCGAGGCUAAUUACGACUCGUCCCUCCUGAGGCACUUACAAUGGAAGUGAAUGGGGCCAAUCCAUAAAUGUUAAAAUACUCCCUGUUAAAUGUAUAGCCACUAGAUGUAAUCAAUAUGUGUGUUAACAUUAUUUUAACGUGAUAAAAUCGCUUACUAGCCUUUUCUGUGUAAAGUUAGAGCCUAUUUUACCAAUUUGUUGACAUUGCGGCGACAUAAACCCUAAAACCCUGAAACUGACAUGACUGACACUAUGAUUUAAACUAUUUUGCAGCUCAAAUAAUACACAAGUUUGAUCAGAAGUAUGAAUGUUAGUGCUUUUAUGUAAAUUAUAAGCUUUACAUUUCUGCCUUACAACUUCCAAAUAUUGGCCCCAUUGACUUCCAUUGUAAGCGCCUCAGUGUAACCUCGAUAUUUCCCAUUUUAAAGAAAACGAGGGACGAGUCGACAUCAUUUUUGGUGGUAAUCAACAUUAUGCUGUCAUAGAGCACUUGUAUUAAACACGGAAUAUUCUUUCUGUGAGCAUUGCAAGGAGAGCGUCAUGGACUACUUUAAAAUAUUUAUGGGUGUAAAUGAAUGGGUGCUUCGUGCUAUAUGUUCAAAAAUGAGGGUUACAGACACAACACAGUUACUACCCCAUUACUGUAUUUCAGGGGCUGUUCUUCACUCAGGCACAAUACUAACUAAAGUCGGGAGAACAGCAAGCUUUAAGAAAAAAAGGUAAUCGCACUUCGGAAACCCACAGUCAGGGAAAACAUGAAAAUAUCAGGAAAUUUAGAAACAGUCGAAACUAGUUGAAAUUAAUUGAAAGUGUUUUUAAUUCAGUAAGUGAUUUAGUAACUUUAAACAUGUUCCCCUUGACAUGCUCAGCUCAAAAAUAUUUUAUUGGCAACAAAUUGCUCAAAAAUUAUUUAAUUAACAAUUGAAAAAAUCAUGUAAAGUAGCUUUUUGAGUGGGAGCAUGGGCGUAGAUUCCAGGGGUGCGUGUAUGAUUCAACAAUUAAGUAAUUGUUCAAAAUUAUAAGAUCUGCUCAUAUAUUUGGUAACAGCUUUUCAGCGCACUGGACAGCACCACAUUGUUAGUGUCGUCAUUUACACAAGCUCAAACGGUCAAAGAUUUACCAAUGGUGCCCAAAUGCAUCUUUGUGUCACUAAGUAUGCUUACUUUAAAUGUAUAAAUGUAACUAAUUGCUUUAUGUAAAAUAAAACUGAGAAAUGCUACAGUAGUCUUGUAAAUAUAUGUACAAAUAAAUAAAUAA